AUGCCCAAGUUCGCACCUACAAGACCAAGCUGUUUCGACGGUCUCAGUCAGGGAGAUCACGCUUGGCAUGACGACGUGUUGGAAGUUAGCGGACGGUGGGAAGGCGACGUUCGUGACGGCCCACUUGUUCCCGUGACCUAUUGCCCUGUAAAUGACAUCAGUAAGCAAUUGGAGCUUGGACCAGACAUGGCUAAGGUCCGUCGUGCUUUGAACAUCCCUCAAAAGUUUUCGCGAGUGGCGCUGGCUGUUGAGCGAGUACCGAGAGUACAGGAAGAGUGUUCUGCUGAAUCUCCACCAAAGAGAAAGGCUGCUAGCAAAUCUUCCAGAGGUGAAGCCACUUCUUCGCAUGCCAAGAAUGGGUCUCCAUCGAGGAAGAAGCCAAGGCUCCCUUCUGCUGAGAAGGCUCAAGUGGGGUCUGCUCCGUCAUCAUCUGCCCAGGGUCAAGCAUCUCGUGGGUGCAGAUAG